CAAGUACUGGGGUCUCUUAAAUUAUUUUAGCGAGUAUUUAUUUACGUAUAAUCCAAUUAUAUUUGAUCAGUGCUGUGUUGAUAACAGUUGUACCACUUAGUUUGACUUAUAUUACAUCAUACAAAUAAUAUAUCUACUAUACGAAUUCCAUUUUAUAGUACAAUACAGAGUGGAAAUAAGAGUUUUUUAUUAUCUAACAGUGUGACAAUUGAUCAAAUAUGAUACCAGAUAACGUGACACUGAUUGUAAAGGCGCCUAAUCAGCAAAUUGAUGAUCAGAAUAUCGAGUGUGAGUCUUCAUGGACAGUCAGACAACUCAAAGGACACCUAUCUGAAGUUUAUCCUAGCAAACCGAAAGCAGACGAGCAGAAAAUUAUCUAUUCUGGUCAGCUGUUAGAGGACAACGCCAUUUUAAAAGACGUGCUAAGAAACUAUGAAAGUCAAAUAGCACAUACUAUGCACUUGGUUUGCUCGUCGAAAAGAAUGCAGGAAAACACCCCAGAAGUACCCAAGACGGACGGUCUGCGACAGAGAAAUGUUACGACGGAGAAUUCACAGCGUCCAGCAGAAACUACACCUAGACCGGAAAUGAGGCAAAAUGAUCAAAACCACACGGUCGAAAUGCAGAACUAUCUCACAUCCUUCGUUAACAACUAUGGAAGGGUUCCGCCCUAUCCUAACUAUAAUUUCGGAGAAGGCUACCUGCCUGUUCCGAAUGAUCCGGCAUCUAUGGCCAAUCAUAUGCUGAUGAUGCAACAGGCAUAUAUGCAAUAUAUGCAGCAAUAUGCUAACAUGAGACAAGCAAUGGCUACUGACACCGCGAUUCCACCCGCAACAGAAGCCCCACCACCACCAGCGGAGGCACCAGAGCCAGAACUAGAUGAGGGCGCAGCGAGAGACUGGCUGGACCAUUUGUAUGCGGCUUCAAGAUUUGCGAUACUCUUGUCGUUGUUCUGCUUGUACGGAAGCCCUGCGAGACUUCUGCUCGUUAUAUUGUUGGCGGCAGCUGGUUAUUUACACCAAAUCGGCUUCUUCCGCGACUUGAACGUGAAUCCUGUAAAUAACGGGCAACGCCGUAACGAACCGCGCAACGGACAAAGAAACGAACCGCAAAAUAACGACGACCAGGAACCAAAUCAAGGCAGUCGACAACCGAACGAACAGCAAGAAAAUGAUAACGAUAAUCAACAAUCGUUGCUAUCGGUUACUUGGAUGAUAUUCACGUCAUUUUUCGCGUCAUUAAUACCGGAUACAAAUUAAUGUUUCUUUUAAAGCGAUUUAGAUCUCUUAACACCAUUCAAGUAUUUAAAAAGAGACUUCAUAUUGAUUUCUUAAAAAUAUAAAAAUGAUACAAAUAACUUUUUAAUAUCAUAUACUUGCUUGCCUAGCUCGAUGAAAUACCAGUGAAAACGUAAUUGCUUUACAAACACUGUAUAUAUGUGAGCAUGUUGAAUUAUCUUCGAAAAAAAAUAUAUUUAUUAUAUAUUUCGAGUUAUUGUCAAAGCCGUGAUAUAUAACUUCGCUGAAGGUGAAGCUUUGUGACCUUUGAGUGACAUUCAAAUAAUUAUUAAAUAAUCAAAUCUAGCAACACUAAAUUGACGGGAAUAAUGCGCGAUUUGAUUCUUCGAUUCUUUGACAGUUGCGACAUUUAUUGUCAAUGUGUCAAAAGUGCCAAAUGGCGGCCCAAUUAUCGGACACAUUGAACAUGAUUGGUCAUGUAGAUUGGUCAAUCUCAAAUUGUGUUUAGGGGUUUUACAAUACAUCUGACGUUAGGUCAUGGAAUUCAAAACCAUUUUGUAUGAAAUUAAGAAUGGUGGAGAAAAAUCCUUGUAAUUAAAUUUCAUUAUAUUAUCAAGGCUUUGACAUUUUCCUUCCGAUUUAUAUUUGAUAUAGUUCUUGGGUAGGGUUGUUGAAGUUUUUUUGCUUUUGAUUAAUUUGGAAGAUUGAGGCAGACCACUGUUUGAGGAUUCGAUUACAUAUAAACGAGAAAUUUUAAUACAAACAUAUGGCAAUAAAUAUUGACAAUUCCAUUUAAAUGGAUUUAAAUAUUGAGAUUUAUUGUCAUAUAAUCGGUCAGCAUUAUAUCUUUUUAUUAUUCCUGAGUGCCCCUAAUUCAGUUAAUGGCAUACAUAUUAUUAAAAAAAAAAAAGUUUUACCGCGAAAUAUAUGGUUGUAUGAAUGUUUUAAACGUAUGAACUGACGUUAAACCAAAUAUUAAUUGUAUAUAACUUAUAUAACUAGUUUAGCUGUGUUAGAAUUACGUAUAUUUUGAUGAUAUUAAAAAAGUAUGUACAGAGGAAAUGAACAUUUUGUCCUUUUGUUAAUAUUUUCGUGAUCGUUUUUGCUUUUAAAAUUUGCCAUUUAUUAAUUAUAUGGUAUAAAAAUAGUUAUCUGUAUUAGGUAUAGAAAUAUUGUUCAUGUAAUUGUAGAUUUUAAAGUAUUAAGUCAUGGGUCAAAAAAUAUUUUUUUUCUUAAUUGGUACGAUGUUUGUUAAAUAUAAUUAAUUAGAUGUUAUAGGUAAUAUUUAAUAUUGCUUUAACAUUUUAAUCGGGAAAUAAUGUAAUGGCUUGAAUAUUUUUGGAAUCGAAUGAUGGUUAGAACGCUUCGGUAACAUUUCGAUAUAUGUAAGAUCUGCUCAUGUGAUGAUUGGAGGUACGAGUUGAUUUGGAUUAGUCAUUAGUAAGGCUGCUGCGUUUUAAGCGUUACAGCGCUUUAAAUUUGUAAUAAGUCUUACUUGGGCUGAAGUAGGUUAAAUUGUCACAUGAGCAAAUUAUAUAGAAAUUUUACUUUCCAGCUAUCUAACUCUGACGUUUGGGUAAACAUAUUAAAAGAGAAAAUUAAUGUAAAGGCUAAAUGUCAUUUUGCUUGAAAUAGGCCCGUCUCGUUUUAAAAGGGAUUUUAUACUUCCAUGAUUUAGUUAGUUUAAUAUUGUUUUAUAGUUACAUAAAUCUAUACCCGGUUUUUAUGUCAUACAAAGAUCACGCAUUUUGUAAUAUAAUUAAGGUUAUUUAUGUAAACAGUUUAAGAGCAUGCGAAAUGAAAUCAUAAUCAUACUGUGAUAAGUUCUGUUUUCGUUUGCGAUCUCGUGAAUAAAUUUUUAAAAU